AUGGAGGACGGCGAGAUAGUGGAGGCAGUAGCAAUGGAUGAAGACAUGCAAUUCUCUUCUAAAAAAUCACCUUACGAAUCACUGAACGAAGCCAAAUCCUCUGUUGAAGAAAUCGUUUCCCAAAUCCUCUAUAUUAAAAGAGAUUCCAAAUCCAAAUCUCAGCUCCCCGAAUUCAUCACUCAAAUGUUCCUCCACUUCGUCAAUCUCCGCCAGGUCAAUAGGUCGAUUUUGCUAGAGGAAGAUAAAGUGAAAGCAGAGACAGAAAAAGCAAAAGCUCCAGUGGAUUUCACGACUUUGCAGUUACAUAAUUUGAUGUAUGAGAAGAGUCAUUAUCUUAAAGCUAUAAAAGCUUGUAAGGAUUUUAAAUCUAAAUAUCCUGCUAUUGAACUUGUACCUGAAGAUGAGUUUUUUCGCGAUGCACCCCAACAUAUUAAAGGUUCCAAUUUGUCUACCGAUACUUUGCAUAAUUUGAUGCUUAAGAGACUCAAUUAUGAGCUUCACCAGAGAAAAGAGCUUUGUAAGUUGCGUGAGAAACUGGAACAGCAAAAGAAAGGUUUGUUGGAGGCUAUUGCAAAUAGGAAGAAGUUCCUGUCGAGUUUGCCUUCGCAUCUUAAAACGCUUAAGAAAGCUUCAUUGCCUGUACAGAAUCAAUUAGGGGUUGCGCAUACUAAGAAAUUAAAGCAGCAUAACUCAGCAGAGUUACUUCCGCCUCCACUUUAUGUGAUCUACUCGCAGUUAUUGGCACAAAAGGAAGCCUUUGGAGAAUGUAUUGAUUUGGAGGUGGUGGGAAGUGUUAAAGAUGCUCAAGCCUUUGCACGCCAGCAAGCAAAUAAGGACGGUGGUAUAUCUACCAAUGUAGAGACUUCAAGGUUGGAGGAUGAUGCACCUGAUGAGGAAGAUGAUGGUCAAAGAAGGAGAAAGAGGCCAAAGAGGGUUCAGAGCAAAGAGGGCAUUGACCAGGCAGGGUUGUAUCAAGCUCAUCCACUCAAGAUUAUUCUCCACAUAUUUGAUGAUGAGGUUUCUGAUCCAAAAUCUGCAAAGCUUGUCACUCUGAAGUUUGAAUACUUGCUAAAGUUGAAUGUUAUAUGUGUUGGGGUUGAAGGGUCACUCGAAGGACCAGAAAAUAACAUCUUAUGCAACUUAUUUCCCAAUGACACUGGUGCGGAGCUGCCUCACCAAUCAGGAAAGCUCAUUGUAGGGGACCCCCUUGCAUUUGAUGAAAGGAGAACUUCACGUCCAUAUAAGUGGGCCCAGCAUUUGGCAGGGAUUGAUUUCUUACCAGAGACAGCCCCGUUACUCAGAGACCUUGAUACUGCAAGCAGUGAGACAGCUAAAAACGAGAUUGUUUUAUCGGGAUUGUCAUUGUAUCGCCAACAGAAUCGGGUGCAGACAGUUGUGCAAAGAAUUCGUUCUCGUAAAAGAGCUCAGCUGGCUCUUGUGGAACAGCUUGAUAUGCUUACGAAGCUUGAAUGGCCUACUCUGAAUUGUGAAAGUGUUCCAUGGGUUUUGCAUACGCCUUCAUGCGAUUUACAUGGCUGGUCACCUGCAGGGCCCCCACCUAAUCAGGCUUCAACUUUGCCCUUCAUUGAUACAAAUCAAGUUCAGGAACCAAUAGAUGUCAAUGUGAAUGGAAGAUCGGAGAGUGUUAGGGAAGAUGGGGAGCUUCCAUCUCUAAUUGCAGCUAUUUCUGCUGUGAAUGAUGUUAAGCUUACUCCUUCAAAAGUAUCUACAAUGGAGCAUUCCAGGCGGCUGGCUUUAAUUUCAAAAAGCAUUAUAUCACCAAUUAGUAAGGUGAAAUCACAAAGUUUCAAGAAACAUGAUGAAGAUUCAGAUCUAUUGUUGGAUACUGAUAGUGAUUUGGAUGAGCUUGCACAAAUUGAGCCAGAGGUAGAAAAUGAAGCUUCUAUUAAAUACUAUGAGAUGACCCAAAAGUCAUGGGUGAGUUACGGCACUAAAGAAUAUAACCUUGUCUUAAUAAGGAAAAAGGACGCUGAUGAGAAGAAAGUAAAGUUAGAAGCAAAGAUUAAAAUCAGCAUGGAGUAUCCUCUUAGACCUUCUCUUUUUGCCGUGAGUCUGCACAGUACUGGAGAAAAUCGAGAUGAGAGUAAUGGCUCUGAAUGGUACAAUGAACUUCGUGCCAUGGAAGCUGAGGUCAAUCUUUAUAUAUUAAAGCUGCUACCUUUGGAUCAAGAAAAUUAUGUCUUAGCUCAUCAAGUGCGCUGUCUUGCAAUGUUGUUCGACUAUUUCAUGGAUGAGGCAUCUCCAAGUGCAAAGUGUACUUCUGUUGUUGAUGUUGGUUUGUGUAAACCUGUUAGUGCUUCUCUUCUGGCUAGAUCAUUUAGAGGGAGGGAUCGCAGGAAGAUGAUAUCCUGGAAGGACAUGGAAUGCACCUCUGGUUACCCAUACUAG